AUGCCAUUUGACAGCUAUGACGAUGUUCUAGAUCAUAAUGUCCAGUCAGCUGAGCAAGAGGCGUAUCAGGACAACAGCCAGGCUGAGAUGUCUCACGAGCCUCCAUCGCUAGAACAACAGCAGCAGACAUAUUAUAAGAAUGGCCAAAAAGAUCUUGAAGAACUCCAGCUCCUAGAUCUUCUGCCGCUCGCCACAUGGAAGCUCUCGUCAUUCAAGAAGGGCUUUGGUAUUUCUCAAUUAAGAGCCGACACCCCAGAUCUAUAUUGGCAAUCCGACGGAAGUUCGGGAAACAACAUGGAACACCAGACCAAUGAUGGGGGCCAGCUUAGCCAUCCACACUCUAUUACCCUUCAAUUCUCCAAGAAGGUGUCUUUGGAGCGUAUUUGCAUUUUCACCAAUUACCAGUUGGAUGAGUCGUAUACCCCACUGAAAAUCAAGGUCAUGGCCGGAGGCUCGAUGUGGGACUUGACCGAUGUUUGCGUGGUGAAGCUAGAAAAACCUGUGGGCUGGUCACAUAUUGUCUUCAAUGGUGUCAGAGGAGACGGCUUAUUGAAGUGCUUUGUGGUUCGAAUCAUCGUAUUGGCUAAUCACCAGGAUGGAAAGGACUCCCACAUCCGUGCUGUGAAAUGUUUGGGCAAAAAAUUGCAUACUCUGAUUACUCAGGAACCACCGCUUGAAAAAGCUUACAAGAAUCAGAGCACGGCGAAUACUGUUGAACAAUCACUCAUUUGGUGA